AUGACGGUAACCACAAACUUCAAGAAAGUUGAGGCCGAUUCGUUCAAGUGGAAGCAGAAGUAUGAGGAAGCGUCUAGGAAUGUACUUGUACUGACGAUGGCAAAGAAGGAAUUGGAGGAGAACGCCAUGCUGCAGCAAAAAAAACUCAUUCAACUCGAGCAACUUUGCCGAGCUUUGAGCUCUCGGCAAACAAGUUCUGUCGCUGACUCUGCCACGCCCGGCCAAGACACGCCUACUUCCCCAGACCAAGCAACGUCCUCGUCGUCAUGA